AUGGAAAUAUUCAAGUACGCUCCUAAUUGGCCAGCAAUUGAAAGAAGACAGAAAAUGAAAAUAUCACAAACAGAAGAAAGAGCACAAAGACUCCCCUUAAAUAACGACAGAUUUUACUACAAAGAAGAAAGUAAAAACAAAAAAGAAGAAACUUUAUGCACAAUAUGUAAAAAGUCUGUUCACUUCCCAGCAAUUUGCCCCGAAAAAAUAAAAAAAAACAAGAAAAACCAGAAGAGCCAACAAUUUACACGCCAAUGUUCAAUUUUACACCAACAACAGUAA